AGACCACUCGUGAGAAGGAAUGGGAUGGUAUAGCGGCGUGUCAUCGGAGGCUUAAUACGGUGACCACCUGGUCCUUCGACAACUGCCGUAUGGGUAAACAUAAACUAUUGCACCAACGGUUCGCCGGACAAUACAAUGUUGUGGCACUGUGCGUGUGUUUGAGUAGUUGUGGAAAUUUUGUGACAAUGGGUUAUAAUACGGGUCAUGUGGACCGGUAUAACAUACAGUCAGGCAUUCAUAGGGCCACUUAUGGCAAGAGAGCGCACGCAAGUGCUGUGAGAGGUGUGGCCAGUGAUGGACUCAACCAGUUUGUCAUAAGCGGUGGCAACGACUCUAAAUUAAAGUUUUGGCGAUUUAAUGGCAAAGGAUUGUUAGGCGAACUGACAUUAGACGCACCCAUCAGUCAAUUGGUUUUACAUAAAGAGAGCUCUCUAUUAGCGGUAUCUUUAGACAACUUUUACGUAAAUAUAAUUGACUGCGAAAUGCGUCGACCGAUCCGUGUGUUGGGUCCGCACGGGAACCGCGUGACA